UGUGACAUAGUGUGCGACAAACUCAACUGAUCUAGGGGCGCUUAAGUAUUAUAUACUCCCCUGCCCGCUCUAGCUACACGUAUACCCAGGUUUAUUGAUAUUACCUAUAUUCAUCAUCACAUGUAGCUAGGAUCUUAAGUGUUACAAAUUGAUUUCAGUGUUCAUGAAUCAGUGCCUCACUAUGUCUGGAUUCAAGGCCGUGAUGAUGCUAGGAAUUGCAUUGUUCCACAUUUUGUGAAGCAAACUAUUCAUUUUGUCAUCAGUUGUCAAACGGCAAAUGCACGUGCACAUGUACACUGUACGUAAGACUUAUUCAGCUGAUAUGAUAUUCUGGAAACGUUCAUCUACUUUUACAUGGACUGUUAUCCUAUAUCUAGUUCACAGUGUAUUAGGGACCAGUGAUUAUGUAAUUUUAGACCAGCAUCAGGGUAGUAUUGUAAACAAAUUGGAUAAUUAUGAUAUAACCAUUCCCGUGCGAGUAACAAGCAAUGGUGACGUCAUCUCAAAUGAACUUCAUCCUCAUAAAUUACGUCAUCGUAGAAAUAGUGACCAAAUUUUAGACACGAUACAUUAUAAAUUAAAUGUGAAAAACAGUGACUAUAUACUCAAAUUAAAGCCAAAUAUUAAACUGUAUAAUCCAUCAUUAGUUAUUGAAAGAAAGAAAAAUAUAUUCAACAAUGUUUCGGACUCUAGUUUUGUGCGCUAUACGAACAACAACCACCCACCAUGCCAUUAUACAGGAGAAAUUAUCGACAAAGGGAACAGCAAAGUUGCAUUGGCAUUGUGUGACGGUUUGCAUGGGUUAAUUCAUACUGGUGAUACAACAUAUUUUAUUGAACCAAUGCAACAACCAAAAAAUAGUAGUGGUCAUCCUCAUGUUAUAUACCAACAUGGACCAAGGACAGAAACUGACGCUGAUCAUUCAAGUCAAAAAGACGCUUGUGGAAACGAUGAAAUAAAAACAAAGAAAGCAAACAAACAAAGGGAAAGAUGGGAGGCUAACCAUCAGCGGAGAAGCGGACGAAGCAACAGACGACAUAAACGAUCUAUCUCUGUGGAGCAUCACGUGGAGACCUUAGUGGUUGUGGACCCGGAUAUGACGGAAUAUUACAAAAAUGAAGACGUCACGACUUACGUCCUUACCAUUAUGAACAUGGUGUCUCAACUGUUCCACGAUGCUUCACUGGGAAAUGCAGUCAAUAUAGUGGUCGUCCGCAUUAUUUUACUAGAGGAUCAACAGGAAGGCCUUAUAAUAACACAUCAUGCAGACAAAUCGCUACGAAGCUUUUGCAAAUGGCAGACCAAGAUUAACAUGAAAGAGGAAGACCAUCCCAAUCAUCAUGAUGUGGCUAUACUCCUGACAAGGAAAAAUAUCUGUGCUCGAAUGAAUAGACCAUGUAACACACUAGGAUUGGCCCAGACAUCUGGGAUGUGUCAGCCACACCGAAGCUGCAACAUCAACGAAGACACGGGACUCUCACUGGCCUACACAGUUGCUCAUGAGCUAGGGCACAAUUUUGGGAUGAACCAUGAUAGUCGUAGGAACGGUUGCAAAACAUCAAACAAGGACCACUUCCUUUACCUGAUGCAGAAUCAGCUUAUGGCGGUCAGUCCACUGAUGAAGUGGUCAAACUGCAGCAAGCGUGCAAUCACGGAGUUCAUUGAUCGAGGGUGGGGUUACUGUCUGGAGGAUGAACCUGCCAAGUACAGGGAUACGGAAUACGAGUACCCAGUACUACCACCCGGUACCAUGUAUGACGUCGAACAUCAGUGCAGGCUCGCUUACGGUCAAAACUCCUCCUUUUGUGGGGAACAGGAGGACAUAUGCAGCACUCUUUGGUGCCGAAUGGACAACAAGUGUUCUACAAGACUGGAGGCCGCUGCUGAAGGAACAAUAUGUGGGCCAAAUAAGUGGUGUUUCAAUGAGCAAUGCGUGGAAAUUGGCGACAGACCGGAAUCUAUCAAUGGUAACUGGGGAGAGUGGAGUAGUUGGUCUACGUGUUCCAGAACCUGCGGUGCCGGAGUUUCUGCACGAGAGCGUCACUGCGAUAACCCAAGACCCGCUAAUGGAGGAAAAUACUGCAUAGGGGAAAGAAAAAGAUACAGAAUAUGCAACACGGAGGCAUGCCCGGAAAAUAGCCUAAGCUUUCAGGAGGCUCAAUGUGACGAGUUCAACUACAUACCCUAUCAAAACGGACUUUAUGAGUGGCAGCAUGUCCCAACCCCAAGAACUCCGUGUCAAUUGCAUUGUAAACCCGAAAACAAGUUUUUCUCUGUCAUGAUGAAAGACAUCGUUACUGAUGGGACUCCAUGUAUGGCUGGCACUAGAAACUUAUGCAUCAGCGGCAGAUGUCGGCAUAUUGGAUGCGACUGGGGAAUAGACUCCACAGCGAAAGAAGAUAGAUGUGGCGUUUGUCAUGGCGACGGAUCAACUUGUGAAACGAUAAAAGACCAAUAUAACGAAACACAAGGAAUGGGUUACGUUGAGGCGACUGUUAUACCAAAGGAUGCUCGUAACAUUCGUGUGGAGGAAGUUGCUGGGGUGGAUAACUACUUGGCACUUCAGAAUGAUAAGGGUCAGUACUACCUGAAUGGUCACUGGUUCAUUCAGUGGUCUGGAGACUACAACAUUGCUGGUACUGUGGUACAAUACAAUCGUCAGGGUAACAGGGACAAAUUUGAAGCCGUAGGACCAAUCACUGAACCACUUCAUAUCAUGCUCUUACUGCAGACACGGAACCCUGGUGUUGUGUUUGAAUACACUGUUCCAAAGGAAAAUGCUACAGAUACUAGACCCCGUGAAUUCCAGUGGACCUACAUGGAUUGGACACAUUGUACCUCGUCUUGUGGAUCAGGUACACAAAGAGCCAUUGUUGUUUGUUCUGAGAAAGAAGAUGGACAAGUUGAUGAUGUUUACUGUAAUAAGACACACAAACCUGAUGACUUGCAAAGAGCUUGUAACAUCCAUCUCUGUCCAGCCAGAUGGUGGGCAGGUCCUUGGCAGCAUUGUUCCGUUACUUGUGGCAAGAAUGGCGUCCACAAAAGGACUGUCAUAUGCGUACGCAGCCUAGGGAAUGAAGAACAGAUAGCCCUGGAAGAUAAAUCAUGCCAAGGAGAAGAGAAGCCCACAGAAGUUGAGUCAUGUCACCACAAAGACCCAUGCCCAGGCACAGGCGAAUGGGCUACAGGAAAGUGGACGCCUUGUGAUAGCAAUCCAUGUUCAGCACAGACUCGAGAAGUUAAGUGUUCAUUACCAAGCAUUGGUUGCGACAAAACCCCAAUUCCAGCUCAGAAACGUCAGUGUUCCGAUGUAAUUUGCGAAAAAUGGACAAUUGGAAACUGGUCAGAGUGUUCUGUCAGUUGUGGAUUUGGAGUUCGCGAGAGAAAUGUCACGUGUCCUGAAACCAAAACGUGUGAUGCAACACAAAAGCCAGAAGAUACAGAAGCGUGUGGUCUUCUCGAGUGCCCAUCCGCUCCAACCACAGAAAUGGUUAUAGAUCUUAUUGACAUUCCAGAGGAAUCAGCCGACGGCGGAUACGAAAGAAAAGAGUUUAUUGAAAAUUAUCGCAUUAUAAAAGGAAUAUCAUCAACGAUUUCAUCCACCACUGUAGAAUUUUCAAAAAUGCCUCCGACAACAAGGCUUAAUGGCAAAAGGGGGGUAACCGAAAGUCCGGUCUUGGCCACUGAGGUAACUGAAGACAUUCCUCUGCAGCUUUUGGAUAUCAAAGAGGGUGGUACAGAUGUUAUCGUUGAUAAUAAAGAUAUUCAACAGCCGUCAUCGUCGAUGGAAAAUAAUAAUAUUCAGGGUGAAGACAUGCUAGACAAAAAAGUCCAAGUACCGUCACCAAUAUCCGAUUCUAUACAACACAAACAUAGGCAUGGUCACACAACAAAUGAUAGGCAGAAGAUGCUGUCUUCUCAUGUUCAUACGGAUAAAAUAGCUAAUAUUCCCCUUUUACCGGAUAUUAAAAAGCUCCGUCCGUUACCAAAGUUACCCUCAUUGCCAAAUAUUUCUGGUCAUCCACGGAGACGAAUUAGUCCCAAUACCAUCAUCAUUCCUUCAGUUUUUGAGUGGGUCCCAAAGACGUGGAAUCCGUGCUCUCGAAAGUGUGGUGGUGGAAUUCAAACACGUGCGAUUGGUUGUGUUGACUCAAAAUCAGGCCAGGAAACAGAAGAGCAUAAUUGUAACAUACUGACAAAGAUGGACACAAUUCGUCCCUGUAAUACACAACAAUGCUCAACGUGGCAAACGUCCAAGUGGAGUCAGUGUUCUGCCACUUGUGGGGAAGCCGUUCAAAUCCGCGAGGUGGUUUGUUCAGAGAAUUUGGACUGUGAUCCAGACCAGAAACCAGUUAACAUUCAACCCUGUGUUCUUCCAAAAUGUCUAGCCUGGAAACAUGGCCCUUGGAAUACGUGCUCUAAAACGUGUGGUAAAGGACAGCAAAUAAGAGCAGUGCAGUGCAUAAAUAUAACAUCUGAAACACUGGCCUCUGAUUGUGACCUGUCGCAAAAACCAACUGAAGUCCAGUCCUGCAAUCCGGAUCCAUGUCCACGUGGGCAUUCAGAACUGAAAACAUCGAGGUGCAAAAGAAACAGGUUAAACAAUAGAGUUUGUCGUAAAUUACGAGAGAGAGGCCAAUGUACUCGUGUGUAUGUUAGAGUAAACUGUUGUAGAACAUGUGAAAUGAAUAGAUAUCGAACAAGAUGGCGACCAAGGAGAAGACAGGCACGAUAGAAGCUGGAAUGUUUAGAGCGAACUACAAACUCAGUGGUCCGGAAGGAAACUCACGCACAAAAUUAGGAUUUCCUCCUACAAUGGAACCGAGCAUUGUGUUCAGUACUCUGGAGGACAAAUUAACCUGUUUCAGUAUUCAAGUCUGCUGAAAUCCAUUAUUUUUUUUUUGCUUGUUACGUCAGAAUCAUUCCCAUAAUUCCAUAUUUUAUUACCGUUCAGAUCGAAUUGUUUCAUGUUUGACAUCUCUAAUUUAUCAAUGAAUUAGAAUGAUAUAGUGUGUGUGUAAUGUUUUAUAGCUACUAGAUAUGCGACUGAUAAAGAGUCUGAUGUUACUCUUUAUACAUUAUAAUUGCUUUAUACUCAGUAACCAUUUUUUGUACAUACAAAGUAUACAAUGCUUACAAAAUAUUUUGAAGAUAUUUAUUUAUAUUAUACAAUUAAUGUUUUGUGUACAAUCCCUGUUGUUUUACAACUUUAAAUGAUACUCAAUAAAUACAAUACU